AAUGAUUUCUCUUAAAUUGUUAACUUACGUGCAAAAAUAAUUUUUUGGCCGUUGUGUCAUUCAAUCUGAAACCAAUUCAAAAUUGAACUUUUGCUAAAUAUAAAAUGGAGUUACCUUCGAUGGUACAGCGCUCCGGCGAUACAUUAAUUGUACGUAGCGUUGUCAGUGGUAAUCAAUUGUAUAUGGAACAAGGGGUUAGUUCUAGAAAUAACAACAAAACCAACACAACAGAUACUAACGCGUCCUCAGCGACUAACAGUCAAACACAAAAUGACAGCGGCGUUAUUAGCAUGGGAGAUGCUUUUGCCAGUAUAACAUCACCAACGACGAUGUCAACCCUAGAGCAACGUCUGGAACGUUUAUGUGCUGUAACUGCACAACAACAGCAACAAAUGCUGCAACAGCAGCAGCAACAACAACACCAACAGCACCAGCAACAGUUACAAACAGCAGUUGCAGUUGCUGCAGCUGUUGAGCAGCAACACGCACUUGAGCUAAAAGAUGAAGGCUUGCCACAGUGCAAAAUAAAACGCAAUUACAGUUGUAGUCAUUGCAAUUACUUCACACAAAAUCCACGUUGUCACCUGACACAUUUACGUGAUGUACACGGUGAAAAGAUUGUCAUCAACAAAUGCAAGCUCUGCCUCUAUGCAUCACGUCAUUACCAAAAGCUCGUACGCCACAUGAAAAUGGUGCACGGCUGCACAGAUGGCAUAACUAGCGCGCAUGGACAGGCGCGUGGUAAGCGCGGCAUGAACAAAGAGGCCCGCAAACGUAAAUUAGAACAAAGUGUCAAUAACGCAGUAGCAGCUGGCAGUGCCAUUAAAGAGAUGUCAACACUGGAACAGGUUCAGCGAGAAUUAGAGAAACAAGAACAAAAAUUACGCGACAUACAAGCUUUUAAUAAGAAACAGGAAGAACAAAUGAAACAUCAGCAGCAAUUGGCCAACAACGCAGCCGAGGCGAUAUUUGCCGCCGCCUACGAACACCAAUUGAAGGCACAGCGUGAACGUGAAUUGGAUGCGCAGCAAGGACGUGCUGGUUACGAAAUCGAUCGACGUCAAACACCAACAAAUCUUAACAAUAACAAUACAAAUGCCGUCUUCCAAAUUCCGCCCAUACAACAAACAUCAAAUAUGACCAAUUUAAGCCACGAACUCACACCGUCACCCGCUAGUUCCGCAUCUCCAACAGCAGCUGUCGCAGCUGCCGGAUCUCCAGCUUCCAUAUCACUGACUUAUGUCGAGGAACCAGUACAGAAUCGUUUGCUGAAAUGCAGUGUCUGUGAGUUUACAACACUCUAUCGCGCACAACUGCUCGAGCACGAACUGGAAGAACAUUGCAAAACCAAAUUUUUCCGUUGCGAAAAAUGCUCCUACGUUACGCACAUCAAGGCACGCUUCAGUAAGCAUGUUAAGUACCACUCCAUGCCAAUGAUUAAAUGUGUAACAUGUGAUUUUCGUACUCCUUACAAAUGGAAUUUAGAUCGUCAUAUGAAAAAUCACGGUGGAGCAGGUCCAUUCAAGUGUGCUGCUUGUGAUUUCACCGCGGAUAUCAAACAAUCGUUAACAGUACACGAGAUGAAUCAUCAUGUGCCACCAGUUGGACAUGCUACUGGUAUUGCAUUGGGUCGGCGUCGUAAUAAGGUGGGUGGCACAGACUUAAGUGAUGAUGACUCCGCUGAAUUACUAGAAGAUCAGUACAACAAUAACAAUUUAGAUGAUUUCGAUGAGGCUUUAGCCGCCGGCGUUGAGACUUUUGCUAAAAAAUGUAAAUACGAUGAAGAUGAACCAACCGAUCUAUCGCAGAAAGGUGGCUCCUCCGACACAUCCUCAGUACACAAUCAGACUGUCACUGUUUUGGCGCCUAAAACUAAAAAACCAAUACCGAAUCUCAUUCCAAUACCGAAAAUGGGUAAUAAUGCAUUGAAUCUCUCAAAACCUUUACAAACGCGUAGUUCACUGACAGAAAUCGCGUCCAUGUUUUUUAAUCCAAAACAAUUAACUGAGAUUUUACAAUCCGAAGCUGCACAAUUAUCACCGACAACAACAGUUACCUCCACUUCCAGUCAAAACUCACGUACCUUAGUAAAUAAAAAGUCUAUGGUUGGUGGUAGCUUCUUUGAUAAACUUAAGUCAUCAGCCUUAACCAGUGGCGGUCCAAAUGAGAAUCUCAUCUGCCCUUGUGGACACUUAGCUAAAUGUCUAUCCGAAUCUAUUAUACAUCGUAAAACCUGCAAUUUGGCUGCUAUUGAAGAAGAUGAUAUGGAUAUGAUCGAAGAACACGACGAUGCCGAUGAUCGCUUGAAGAUCGAUAUUGGCGAUGACGAUGACAAGCAAUCACAUUCCGCACUUAAUUUAAGUGUUACCGGCUCAACACGCUGUAAACAUUGUCGUCAUCGCUGUAAAUCUUCAGUGGAUCUCUUCAAUCAUCUAAAGCAAUGCACCGAAGCUGGACGUUGCGGUAAUGAGUCAUACGAUUCCAUGUCUGGUGAGAGUAGCGCUGGACGUGGUGGUGGCACCGAUUCUGCUGGCGAACAUCCAAUGGAAAAUCGUGUUUUUGUUUGGAAUAAAAUCCCCAGAAGUGGUCAGAGCAAUGAUGAUAAUAACUUUGGAGCAGAUACACAACUAACAAAUGCAGGUGGUAUAAAAAAUGCUUCAAAUGUGCCUAGUGCUAGCAUGGCUAACAGUGAGGAAAAUAGUUAUUACGGUGUCGAAACAGCACCAGGUUAUGGUGAGGUAACAAAAAAGAUGACACCUGAGGAAGAAGCAGCCAACUCUUCACUUAAAAAGGUUUACAAAUGUCCACAUUGCUCAUUCUGGGCAUCAACUGCAUCACGCUUUCACGUACACAUCGUUGGUCAUCUCAACAAGAAACCAUUUGAAUGUUCACUCUGCUCAUAUCGUUCAAAUUGGCGCUGGGAUAUAACCAAACAUAUACGUCUAAAGACCAUACGUGAUCCAUCGCACAAGAAUGCGCGCGUACUAAUGAAUGAUGAAACCGGACGUCGUAAUUACACCAAAUAUAAUAAAUACAUAACUCUUAUGAAAGUUACCGAAGAAGAUGGUGAUCCCAAAUUAAUGAAAUCUGGUGAAAUGACACCAAAUCAAGUAGCUUCACUAGCUUUCCUAAAUGGUAUGCCAGCUAAUGCACAACUUAAUGGCAUGAAAGAGGACAUCACGUUGGAACCUAUCGGUAUUAAAGCUGCUAGCACAGCAACAACCUCGGCCACAACAGCCGAUGGCGGAGAAAAUCAAUUGUCAGAUAAUUAUAUUAGCAUACCAUACUUAGCUAUGAUGAAUGCCGCUAUAGCACAACAACAACACCAAAAAGAUCAACAGGAACUACACAAUGCCACACUGAUCACACCAUCUGUGACUAUAUCGGCGAUUAAACGCACACCCACCCCAGCUUUAACAUUGAUCAAACCCAGCGAUGAUGUGAUCGUUGAUGUUAAAAUCGAAGGCAACGAGAAGAAAACAUAUUACAAAUGUCGUAAAUGCACUUUCAGACACUCUAAUCGCGAUGCGGUUUUGGCGCACGUAAGAGUUCAUUAUCAGGAUCCUAAUUAUCCUAUUGUAACUGCAACCGCAAAUCCUGGACCAAAGUCAACAGCAAUGCAGCAACAACAACAGCAGGCAACUUCGCCACUACAAGUUGCUGUCAAUCCGAAUCUCCUUAUGAACAAUGUCAUUGCUAUGUGCCUUUCUCAGCAGCAGCAGCAACAGCGUGGUGGUGGUCAAUCGAAUAACAAUCAGCAGCAAACACAACAGCACCAGCAACAUUCCAUACUACCGGCAGGUCUUUUACAACAAGCCAUUCAAUCAAAUCCAUCACUAAGCGGUCUUGCUUUGGCCUUAGCAGGCAAGGCACCAAACAGCAAGGCCACAUCCAUUUUAGAGCACGGUGAGCAGAAAGCGAGUCAAAACGAGGCAAGUGCCCAGACCCAGACACAGACCCCAACGCCAUCGCCUACUAUAUCACAGACUUGCUUUGCGUCGUCCUUAUCAACGGGUGCGGGUGCUGGUAAUAAUGUUAGUGGAGCAAGUGGUGUUAGUGUUAGUCUGUGUAAUGGCAUUGGUAAUGGCAAUGGCAAUAAUAGCGAUGGCAAUUGUAUUGACAAUGCUAUUGUUACUAUUGCACCACCAUCUCUCCAGCAUUUACUGACGACUGCACAACGUAGUAGUGGCGCAUUAUCAUCUAUGAAUGCUUAUCAAUUAUCAUCAUCCAAUAUUGAUAGUGGUGCAGGUACAAACUCAACUGAAAUUGAUGCAGCCGGAAUAUCAGCGAAAGGACUAACCACGGCAGCAGUGAAAAAUAUUUCAACAGGAAAGAACACAACAAAUGCGCAAUUGACGGCACAGCAUUUAUUGCUAUCAUCAUCCUCAUCAUUAUUAUCGACAACAACAACAACAAUAACAACCAUAACAGGAACAAAUCAAACAAUUCGGCACUGUCGCUUGAAACACGGUGGCGAUAUAUGCAUCGAAACCCUUGAUCGCAGUCCGAAGAAUGAGCAAAACUCAGCGCCUAUAUACCGUCCACUUACAAAUGGCAGUACACUGAAUGACACAAAUUUUGGACUCACUUUAAAAGCAUUGCAAAAACAACAACAAACAAAUGUUAAUAAUAAUAAUAAUAACAACAACAAUAAUAAUAAUACUACAAAUAAUAACAACAACAACUUGAAACUAAACAACAAUUCUGUACUUAUGAACAACAGCAAUGAACAUCUACUGUUAUCACCACAUGCUGGCAAUGCUGGAACCGGUGCUACACCAGCCGAUAUACAAGCAGUGACCGCUUAUAUUGAAGCUGCCUAUAAAGCAGCAGCCGCCACUUCAACUGCAAAUAAUAAUAACAGUAGCAACAACAACAAUGAUGAUCUCUUGCACCUACAACAAAAUGAUCAAAUCGAAAUAACACGUCUACCUGCUACAACAAAUUCCACAGCUACAAACGCUGCAGCAGCAGCAAAUUUCACACAAUUCUUGGAGCACAACAAUUCUAUCGCUGGCACCACAAAUGCACAACAGAACUCGAAAUGCAAACAACAAAAAUGUCCUCUCUGUCCUUAUAUAUCUGAGAGCAAAUCACAGAUGAAUUAUCACAUUUCGCUGCACAAACCAACACAACAUGAGUGCCGCCUCUGCACCUUUGUCUGCGCAAAGAAGCAACAUCUCAGCAAUCAUAUGCGCAAUAUUCAUCACCAACAGCUUAACAGCGCCAACAACAGCAGCAACAGUAUUGGCGUGGCUGCGACAAAUACCGCCGGACUCAACUUGGACUUCAGUGUUGCUUUGCAAUUGGCCGCUGCAGCUCGUGCACAACAGGAAACAUCACCGAUGAAAACACCACUUGCCAUGGAUUUAACGGCUCUGAAGAGUACGUUAGGUUCAACGCACAGCAAGCAAAAGCUGGGUGCCCCGCACUCACCGGAAUUUCAUUUCACCAUUUCUUAUUGCUCCAAAUGUCCAGCUCGUUUUGCCCAAAAGCAUGCGGAUACUCGCAAUGCCAAGUCAGAUAUUAUGGAGCAUCUUAAAUCGCACAAUAAUAGCGAUUCUAGCAUGUAUAAAUGUGAAUUUUGUGACUUCCAUGCUGCGCAUGAAACUCUCAUACAAACGCAUCGUUUCGUACAUACUAAACAUUAUUUGGAAAAAUUCAAUGAAAUCUACGCAAACUGCAUCGAAGAUUCCGAACAUAAAGCACCAAAACUCUUGGCCAUUGCCCUGACUAAGCAUGCAGCACAGGGAAUGGAAACAAUUUUAGUCGUGGACAAUGAGUACAGUUUGCAAAUAAAGAAACAACAUGAACUUAAGCAACAACAAAAUUCGAAUAUAUCUUCAUCCACAAAUGCUAAUUUUGAUACUUCUAACUCAUUGCUUAAGAAGCAAUUGGAGUCUGGUACUAUACCACCACAACAAGUCGGCGCCACUAUGCACAGCUCACCAUCACCCAAAGCUAACGAUGGUGAUGAGCCGUCAUUCAAUGUCAAUGCCAAUGCCAAUGCCAAUGCCAAUAUCAUGAACAAUGACCUAGUAACUGGCGGCACUAGCACUUUUGAUUGUUUGGGUGGUGAUGGCAGCGAUAAUAAUUCACAUGUCGCGACUUCUCCACCACCAGUUGAGAAGUGUCUACAUUGUCCAUAUGAAACCACUAAUGUGUCCUAUUACAAAUUGCAUAUACAACAUCACAUCUGUAUUUCGAAUCGUCGUGAAGCUUACGUCUGCGAUCAUUGCGACUACACUGACGCUCAAUUGAAAAAUAUAGAGGAACAUACACGUCUACAUUUCAAUGCUAUGGAGAAACUCAAGAGCGUUGCAUUCUUUACUUGCUACAAAAAUUUGGAAUUGAGCGUUGAAGUGGAAGAUAAAGCCGCUGAGGAGGAUGCAGUUGAGCAACCACAUUAUGAGCCCGACAAUGAGCAGAUGCCGCUUCCAGGUGAAUCAGCUACAUUCGAAAAACCAAUGAAUAUAAAACAAGAACAAAAUAAUAAUAGCGAAGAUUUUGUUUGUAAUGAGAAUAAUGCCUACAAACGUCAACAUCAACAAAUAUUCGCUGCCGAUGAAGAACAACAAUUACAGCAGGACUAUUAUGAUGGAAAUGACGGCCCAGCCGUCACUCAACAACCUGCAACCAAAAAACUCUGCAAAAAAAUUAUUCUCUACAAAAAUGAUGGUGGACUCAGUAUUAAGAAUGACCCCACCAACACAGAUAGCACUGAAGUGGAGCAAAAUAUAAGCUCUCGCCUUAGACGUAAUGCAAGUCGCAGUGUUUAUCCUGCCAACAGUGAACAACAAACAACCACUGAAGAACCACAGGAACAAUUAAGCCAACAAAAACCUAUUAUUGUCGAUGCCAAAACUGGUCAAAUAAUUAGCAGAAACUAAGCAUAAUCUUUAAUAUUAAUACUAUAUAUAUACGUCAUAUGUUUAUAUCUACA